AUGCCGUCACUUCGCUCCCUGUUAGGCCGCAGGGCUCCGUCACCUAACCCACAGGCCCUGCCAAGAAGAACCGGUUUGAACGUCCUUUACGAUCCAACUGCCCAGGGGUUCGGAGUGAGCAUGGACAUCGUUUUUGUGCACGGUCUCAACGGGCAUUACAUCCACACCUGGGAGGAGUCCUCUGUAUGCUGGCCUAGGGACCUCCUCCCGAGGCGGAUGGAGAAUGCCCGCGUUCUCUCCUUCAGUUACGACGCCGACAUCUACAACAGCGCUUCUCUCGGGAGGAUCAGAGACCAUGGGCUGAACUUGCUCAUCCAUUUGAUUGCCAACCGCCCCCAGACCGGUAUAGAGAAGUUCGAGAGGCCGAUCGUUUUCGUCGCUCACAGUCUCGGGGGACUGCUCGUUAAGGAGGCACUUCGGGAGGCCAAACAGCAUUCCGAGGACAUGGGCCACAAGGCCAUUCUCGCCGCUACCCGCGGAUUCGUCUUCUUCAGCACACCGCACGGCGGAAGCAGCGAAGACUCCUGGCUCCGAAUCGCGGACGGCUUCGCCCCGCUCGGCGCGCGACUCGGAUUCGGGCGCGGACGUGUGUCGCCCCUCGUCGAAGCGCUGAAGGAGAACGCAUCGUCCCUCUAUGACCUGGUGCAGGACUUCCGGCACCUAGCGGAGCACUACGCGCUGGUCAGCCUGUACGAGACGGAGGCGUACGGUAGCAGCGGCGCGGCCAUCGUCGACAAGUCGUCGGCCUUGACGUAUCUGCCGCACGAAGAGCAGUUGGGGAUCCCGGCGUCGCACACCGGCAUGUGCCGCUUCACUAGCCUUGACAAUCAGUGGUUUCAUGCUGUCGUCAAACGCAUCGAGCGCGCAUCCCGGGGCCGUGUGGACUCGCAGGGCCGGAGUAAAGGGGUUGUGUCGGCAGGUGAGCCGGUGGGGGUUCCUGUUGCGUUCACGGGCGAGGCGCCACAGCCGCGGGUGCUUGAGGUCAGGGAAAUCACCGAUGGUUCUGAGUCGGUUUCUGCGGCGGAGUUUUACGGCCACUGGCGUAAGACCGAUGUGAGAGAUGUGCUAGGGUACCAGAAUGCGACGGCUGUUAGGUAG